AAUAACAAUAAAGUAUUUCUUCACUCUUACGGGAGAAAAUAAUUACACUUUUACACAAUCAUGGAAUAGACUGUUUCAAAAUAUGACACAUUUGAUAGGAUAUUUUACUCAUUUAAAUCCUGGUUCUGUUUAUUCAGUCAAAUGCACAUUACUUGCAGAGAAUGUAACAAUUGAAAGCAACUGGCAAACUGUGAAAACUGAUUGCAAACGAAUUGUUUCAGAUUCAAUGGCUUACGAAUUGUGGUUACUUCCAAUAUUAUUGUUUAUCAUAAUUGCUACUGGUAUUUUUUAUAUGUAUCGAAGAAGAAGACGUCAAGUGGUGAAACAGAUAAUGGUGCAAAACGAGAUGGAAAUGUGGCAAAAUACUGAGAGAACAACUGUUAAACUUUUCAGUACUUAGUAAUACUUAGAUUGUCAGUAAUAUUAAGAAUAGUAACAAAGGUUUACUGAUUUAUCGAUGACAAUUAAAAUAAAAACGAAAUUAACAUCUGGCUAAUAUUCUUGGUAUCUAAUGUCAUCUUAAAAAAUUAUGUGGGGUGUGCUAUAAACAAUAUUUCUUUA